GUGAAGAAGGAAACCCGGGAGUUGGUCCACCUCUCUUUUCCUCAGGCUGCCGGGAAGAUGGCGGACAUUCAGACCGAACGUGCGUACCAAAAGCAGCCCACGAUCUUUCAAAACAAGAAGCGUGUUCUGCUUGGAGAAACCGGCAAGGAAAAACUCCCUCGGUACUACAAGAACAUCGGUCUAGGCUUCAAGACGCCCAAGGAGGUACAAGACCCUGCAGCAGAUGAGACUCGUGUGGCCUUGCAUGUGGCAGCAGGGCCACCGCGCCCUUUUCGGAGUGGCUGCCUCCGGGGCUCGUGGGAAUUGUAGUUUGGUAGUUCAAGCUGCACUUUCUCAUCCUUUCAGGCCAUCGAGAGCACUUACAUUGACAAGAAAUGCCCGUUCACUGGCAACGUCUCCAUCCGAGGUCGGAUCCUGUCCGGUGAGUAAAAAACUGAGGUUGUGAAUGCAGGUCCCCGGCAGAUGAUGUCUGU